GCGCCGCCGCCGCCGCCCUCCUCGCCCUCCUCCGCCCCUUGACCUCUGCCCCGCGAUGAUGCCGAUGAUGGGGGCAUUUGUUGGGCGCUUCUCCUCCGCCCGGCACCGUCCUCGGCCCCGCCCGGGGCGGGGGGCGCCCGCCUCGCCGCCCUCGCCCACCCACCACUGAAGUGACUGGGACAGGGUCGCUCGGCAAGCAGACAGAACGUCACCCGAACGACUCCUAACGGUGGAGUACGAGGAGGAUAAGGAAUCGCGGAGAAACCGGAUUCGGGAAGCUAUUAAAACUCCCCCCCCCCCCCGGCGCGUCUGGGUCACUUGCGGAGCCGGGCCUUCCCGAAACUCUCUGAAAAAAGGACGCGUUCUCCCCGCCGACGAUGGGAGACGGAGGCAGCGGUCCCGAGGCUCCUCCCGACAGAACCUCGGACGGAGACCCGCAGAGCGACUCCUAUCUUUCCGACGAUUUCGAAAACUCGUCGGCCGCGUCCGACCGAUCCUUGCCCCGCACCUGCCCCUCUCUGGGCGGGAAGAAAGAAGGCCAAGGCCAGAGGCGGGCGGCUCCGGGACGAUCCCCCGGCCCUUACGCAGUUGCGAGGAAAAGCACCCGGAGAGGCCCGGCCGACGGGAGAGGGAUCCGCCCGGGUCGCCGGGCCCAGAGCCUCGGCAGGGAGCCCCCGCCCAAAGACGUCGACCUCCUCGCCAGGCGGGUCCUGUCGGCCAGACUGCUGCGAAUCGGUCAGCUGCAGAGCCAAGUGACCGAGCUGCAGGUCAAGCUGGCCGAGCUCCAGAAGGAAAACAGGGCCCUGAAGAGGCUGCAGUACCGACAGGAGAAGGCCCUGAAUAGAUUCGAAGACACGGAGAACGAGAUCUCCCAGCUCCUCGCCCGACACGGCGACGAGGUUAAGGCGCUGAGGGAGCAGCUGAGGAAGUCGCAGGAGAAGGAGAGGGCCACGGAGAGGAGGGUGAGGGAGGCGGACUGCGAGCUGUACCGGACCAGGCGGGCCCUGCGGAAACUGAAGAAGCUCGCCGAGGCCCGGCACCUGCCGGAACGAGACCGACUGGCCACGAAGCUGAGCGCGGCGGAGGCCAGGUUGGAGGACACCGAGAGAAGGAUCAAGGAGAUGGCCAAGAAUCUAGAGCUGAGCAAUAGCAGUUUCCAGCGACAGUUACACUCCGAAAAGAAAAAGACCCAGUCGGCUCAAGAGGAGAACGAAGCCCUCAAACUGGAGCUCCAGCGGCUAAAUCAAAAACUAAAGGAGAAAGAGCGGGAACUGGACGUUAAAAAUAUCUACUCCAACCGACUGGCGAAAGCAUCUCCCAGGAAGGACCACGACCUCUCCCCAAGGAAAAGAGCCGGGAGCCAGGAUGCCCUGAAAGAAGAGCUGGCGGAAGGAGAACAGGUGACCAGAGGAGUGCAGACCGGUGACUCCUCCUCCCCGGGAGAGUCUCCCGCCCGCCCGGCUCUCUCGUCUGUGGACGUCAGAGGACGGGGCAACCACGAACCGUCGGGCGGAGUGAACAAAUCACGGCAGGAACGGGAAAAGCUGCCGAAGGGAGACGCGGAGACCCCGAGACAGAGCUUAAAACCGGAAGAGAAGUGUACGGGAGAUCAAGACUUGCAAGCCGGGAAGCAGAAAGCCGAGACGUCGCACGACGAUUCCGGACGAGAAGAGCCCGUUAGGAGACGGAAAGCCCAUCUCCCCUUCGCCGAGAGAGAAGCGAGGUCCCGGGCGGACCCCGAAACGGACCCGUCGGAACGGGGGAGGCAGCCCGUGGAGAACCCGGAAGAGAAGCAAAAGGAGCUGCUGCUUGCCAAGCUGAAGGAGAUCGACAGGGAGAUUCGGAAUCCCCUGAGUUUCGAGCGCUCCCCGCCGCCCGCCGAGUCUCGGUCGGGCUCUCCGGAGAAGCAUGGGAAGGCCCCCGGGCUCUCCCGGUCCCCCGGAGGGCCACCCGACGGGCCCCUCCUCCUCCGGGACGGCGGCCAGGGGCCGAGAAGCCUGCGGGGCUCGGACCCCGACGGCCACCUGACCUUCGGGGGCUACGUCCCCUCUUUCGGGAGGACCCCGGGACGGUCCGGCCCAUCCAGCCCCCGCGUCGGCUUCCCGGACCCGGAGAGCAGCGGAGCGGCGAGAAGCCGCCCCGGGGACGCCGACCGGAGCUCGAGGGAGGAGAGGAAGUGGAACCUGAUGGAGCGGCUCUUCGGGCCCGGGGUUCAGAGGCCCGGCGACUCCCAGGCCGCGGCCGCCAGAGGAGGGGAUUUCGAGCCGCCCCCCGGCCCCGCCCGGGAGAAGGGCAGCCGGGACGAGGAGGAGGACGACGGCCCUUCCCUCGGAGGAGGGCGGAGUCUUCAUCCCAGCCGGCGCCGUUGGAAACCUCCCGACGGCCGACCGUCGGGAAAGGCGGCGGGUUCCUCGGGAGAGGAGAUUGAGGAGAUCGCCCCGAGAUAGGCGGCCCCCGGCUCGGCGCCGUCGGCCUCGCCCGAUUCGCCGUUUCUCCAAGACGUCGACCGCUUUCGGGUUUACGGAAGAAAGAAGCCGACGGCGGGAAGGAGCGACGUCGGAGGGGUCGGGACGGCGGGGCCGGAGAGGAUGAACCCCCCCCCCCCCGGCCCGGAGGUCAGAGGCGGAGCGGAAAGCCGCAGCCCGAACGCGGCAUCGACCGGAGACGGGGGCUCGGGGGGAGGUUUCCCGCUCAGAGCGGGGUCGCUUAUCAACAGAUUCGCCCUCGACGGAGGGAAGAAGCGAGCAGGAGAGAUGCGCUUUCGUUUCAGAAAGCCAGUUCUAGGGCUUUUCCGUCCACCGUCCCCGGGGAUGGUGAGUCGUGGGGACCCGAAGGGCUCAGGGGCCAUUGGAGUUAAGUUUCUUUCUGGCACCCGGAAUUUGGAGGAGGAGGAGGAACGGAGGGGAGAGGACGCAGACGGAACCUGAAUUCCCUGACUCUAGGGAGCUCCGAACCCUUGGGUCGGCUUGCUCUGUCUCCCUUUUUCUCUCUUUCCCCACAUCUGCGAACCUUUUCCCCGCUGUUUCCCAGCGGGGAACCGUCAAGCCAAGCCAGAGGUUGGUCGACUCCCCUCGGACCCUCUCUGGGUGUUGGCUGUUCCCCGGGGAUGACUCCGACGGAUCCUCAGCCGGCCUUUCGAUCUUAAAAACCUCGCCUGUGGGGACAGAUGCCUCGUUAAAACGACCCUGUUGGAAUGAAACCCUCCGGUCAUGGAGAGAAAACGCCUUCUCACCGUGGAAUUUCCAGAAACGGCCCGGUCGCCCGGGGCGGGCGGCACGGAGCCGGAUCCUAGGAGAAGCGGCCUGCCCGUGGAGCCGGGAAGCGAACCUCGCGGACGCUCGGUUUUCCGUUCCCCUCUGCCCUAACGGGAACGCCGGUCUCCGACUAGACCCCGACCGAAGGAGCGGCUCGAAAUCGGCCCAGUUCCUCCCCGGCUCCCGCCCGAGCCCAUCGUCCGCGACGGCGGACACGUCGCUACCCGGUCCGGGAAGAUGUGCCCGGCGAGAUGGGUUCCGGUGGCGAAAUCUUGCCGGACGAAAGCCUCGGCUUUUUUUUUUUUUUUUUCCCCCUUUUUCUGGUGGGGGAGAGGGGACGGUUGCCGGGUAGGAGGGCGACCCUCCGGGGAAACGGUCUGUUUACGACUUCCGGCUCCUCCCCGGCCUUAAAAUGUAGCCGGACCCGCCGGCGAGAAUAUAAUCCCCGUGGUGGGGACUCGCCCGUGAGUCAGCCUCAGACGGAGAACCACCGAGGCUCUGCAGACCUCGGUCCCGGGGCCUUUUUAACGUCAUUUAUACUCGGUAUCGGGUCUCUACAUCGGACCUCCGCGCCUCACGUCUUCCAAGGGUGAGAAAUCGACCCCUGGAAAUACAGAAGGCGGUGUGAGGGUUUAAACGGAGCGCGUUCAGAGGCUUCCCUGCCCAGAGCGAAGCGGGUCUCCUCUCCCGGGUUCUGUUGGCUCAGUUCACUCCCGGGCCGUUGGGCCGAGAGACUCGCUCCGAAUCGGUCCUUUGAGUAAAAGAAGGCGGGCAGCUUUUAUUAGCCCAGGACGGACGGCGUCCGCGGGGGUGACUUUUCAGUCGCGCCACGUGAUCUCGGGGCGGGAGGAGGUCUGGGGGGGCCCGGAGGAUUGAACGCGGGACACGUACGCAGUUCGCCCGGGCCUCCGGUGGAGAUUUCUAACGACUCUACGCCCGGGAGUCGCGUCGCGCCGCCACUCGAAAAGAUGUCCGUCGUUCGAGGGGGUAGCGGAAAGAUAUCCUUCCGGCGCGGUGUACCGCGCUCGGAUUCCGAGUACACGGGCUCGCUCUCUUAUCGAAAGUCCCUGUCCCGAGUAAACGUUUAAUACAUCGCAAAGAAUCCCUUUUUAAUGUUCGUGAAGGGAGAAAUCCGCCCCCCCCCCCCCCACUUUAUUAUCGUAAUGUCCUGGCGUAUGACGAUCCCAAUCACGUUUAUUAUUGGAAUAUUAUUAUUCCAAUUGCACUUAGGAGGGAAUUUUCAAUUUGGGGUACAGCCGUCGGUUUUUCCGCCACAGGUGUUCUAACGCUAAGAAUGUUUCAUUUUCAAA